UACUAGCGUAAGCAAGCAUUGUCAGUUGCUGGGAUUCAACUCUACCUUGUAUCUAUCCUGCAAAUGGAUAAAACAAACCAAAUCAUUCGCUAGAAAGGAGAUGUAUAUCUAGUCUACUUGUUUACACGGAGUGCAUCGCCCUGUAUGGAGCAGGCGGAAGGGGAGUGGUCGUGGUGGUGUGGGGAGCUGGCUUAUAAGGCGUGUGCAUGUUGUGACUGUUGGCGUACGAGGCUGGCAUUCAUCCUCGACCUAACGCUGAUAAUCAAUGGGUCACCGCCGCGAUGGAGGCUGGACACAUGCAGCAGCAUCUGCCCGUGUCGUGCAGGCCCUGGGCUUGUGCCUGCUGGCAACACUCGCAUCGUCUGCCACAUUACCAGACACUGAUUUCAGUCACUUGAAUGAAGAAUUUCACACACGUGGAGGAUCUACACAAAUUUCAGAAUUCGACACAAAAGGAGAACAGGAGCAAAUCACACUUGAGCCUGGCGACACCAAGAGAAAAGGAUGUGGGAGACCACAAAAAGUGGCCUUCGCCAGCCUGAGCCCACAGUUCAUCUGGAGGCAGUGGUUCUCCCUGCGGGAGCUCGCAAGCUACCACUGUAACAUGGGCUACACCGUGAGCGGCUCCUCCUACAGCAUCCGGUGUAUCGAGGGCGGCUGGACAAAGCACAAAUUCUCCUGCGUGUUGGUGACAUGCAAAGUCCCGGUUGAGCCGGAGAACGGCUUCAUCAGUGUGGCGACGGAGCCGGUGUACGGCAGCGUGGCGUCGUACAUGUGUGCCGACGGAUACUCUCUGGUGGGGCCACAGCUCCGACGCUGCACGCAGGAUGGAAUCUGGAGUGACAUCGACCCAGUCUGCGAGGCCUUGAGCUGCCCGCAGCCCCCAGACGUUGCCAACGGCGAGGUCGUGCAGAUGGUGCAGGACGCGUUCUCGCUGGGCGACUCCGUCUUGUACGCAUGCCACGAUGGCUUCUCCAUAUCCGGCAAGGCCCACGUCACGUGUCUCGAUUCCGGGAUCUGGUCCAAGCCGCCCACGUGCAUCGGCGGGGUCGCCAUGUCAGCCGUAGGUCUAUGCCCGGCGCCGCCGGACAUCCCGGGAGCCACGUUGGUGGGGGGCGCCAACGACGACGGGCGCUACUGGGAGGGCAGCUCCGUGCGCUACGAGUGCCGUGCAAGCCGCACGGGGGCAGCGUCGGCACCGCCCAGCGAGACCUUGCGCUGCCUGCGCAACACGCAGGGCGAUGGAGUGCGGUGGAGCCCUGCGACGCUCUUCUGCGCACAGGAUUGUGGGAACCCGGGCAGCCCAAGGCAUGGGCGGCUGGAGGGAAGUUCGUUCACAGAGGGAGAUUCUGCCACGUUCGUGUGCAACAUCGGGUACAAGAUUGGUGGGAAGGAUCACAUUAACACCACGUGUGGCUCAGACGGACGCUGGUCGCGCCCGCUGCAAGACUGCGAGCUCGUCAACUGCGGAGAGCCUGUCAUGGAGAACGGUGCAUGCACGGGGUCAGCGUUCACUUACAAUGCGCAGGUCAACUGCAGCUGCGACGUCGGGUUCAUCAGGCACGGCCGCACAGGCCACAGGCUCUGCCAGGAGAAUGGGCUCUGGACAAUGGCGUCGCCGUGCACCUUGCUGAGCUGUGGGUCCCCGCGACCGAUCCUGAAUGGACGCUGGACUGGGAACCUCACCUACGGGCAGGUCAUCACCUACAGCUGUAACGAGGGCUACCGGAUGGUGAAGUCCACGUCGAUCGUGGUCUGCCAAGCGAACGGGCUAUGGCUGGGCAGGCCUCCCACGUGCGCACCGAAAACAUGCCCUGCACUGUCGGCUCCACGAGAUGGGUUCAUUGAGAAUGACGAAGUCACCGUGGGCACUGUGGUCAUCUUUGGCUGUAACAAAGGUUACGAGUUGGCAGGUAAACCCACAACUGAAUGCCAGCCAUCCCUGACGUGGUCCAGUGCUAUUCCAUCCUGUCAGAUGGUCACGUGCCGUGCUGCCCCCCUGGAGCACGGACGGGUGAACGUCACCGCGGUGACGCCGUUCGGCUCGGCGGCCGCGUACGACUGCGACCUCGGCUUCGUGCUCGUGGGGGAGCGUGUCCGCGUGUGCCUCGACACGGGCGUGUGGAGCGGCAGCAACCCACGCUGCCACCGGAUAAAGUGCGAGACACCGCUUGAGCUGCAGCACGGAGAGGUGGUGGUGGACCGGGCUAACCCGAACCGCGUCAUCUACGUUUGUCACGAGGGGCUCGUGCUGGAGGGGCCCAACGUGCGCAUGUGCACAGACGCGGGGACGUGGAGCGGGACGGAGCCGAAGUGCAGAGAAAUACCAAGCAAUGAGUGCGGGCCUCCUCCUCAAAUCACCAAUGCCGAACUGCCUCUGAAGCUGGCGAUCAUCUCGAGCUUCAGAGUGGGCACGCUGCUUCGCUACCGCUGUUCCGCCGGCCACGCCGUCACCUCCGAUUCCUCCUACACCAUCUCCUGCACCGUCCAGGAGCACGGUGUCACCUGGAGUACCCCACGACUCACCUGCCUGCCAAAGGUCUGCAGUUACCCUGGUGAAAUUGACAAUGGAUAUAUGACCGGAACAAUAUUUACAUUUGGAAGCAAAGUCACGUACUACUGCAACAAAGGGUACACCAUCUCGGAGCGACACACCACCAGGGAGUGCAUGGCAGACGGGACGUGGUCGUUCGCCCUCCCUAUUUGUCAACCCGCCACGUGCGAGUGGCCGCGACCCAAGCCCGGCGUGGUGAUACAGCGGCCGAGCAGGGCCGAGUACAACGGCGUCAUCUCGCACAGCUGUGAGGAGGAGAAGCUGCAGCUGGUGGGGUCGACGACGCGCACCUGCCAGGCGGACGGCACGUGGAGCGGCGAGGAGCCGUGGUGCAGAGAGAGUGUGUGCGAGAAACUCCCGGGUAUUGUGAACGGGAAGUUGCUGUUGAUCCCCGACGACCCCACGCUGGUGAAGUACGUCUGCGACAAGGGACUCGUGCUGGAGGGACCUUCUGUGCGCGUGUGCACCAACGCAGGGACGUGGAGCGGCAGCGAACCGAUGUGCAGACGUGCCCUGCGCGAGGAGUGUGGAGCACCCCCCCACGUGGAUAACGCGGAGCUGCCCGCGGACGGCGCGGAGCGGAGUAGCUACGAGGUGGACACCGUGCUGCGCUACCGCUGCAAGCCAGGCUACGUCAUGUCCCAGGGCGCCUUCCACACCAUCAAGUGCACCGUGAACCACGACGUGGCCGGGUGGAGCGCCCAUCGCUUCACCUGCACCGGCAUAAAGUGCGAGGCACCGCCUGAGCUGCAGCACGGAGAGUGGGUGACGGACCGGGAGAACCCGAACCGCGUCAUCUACGUUUGUCACGAGGGGCUCGUGCUGGAGGGGCCCAACGUGCGCAUGUGCACAGACGCGGGGACGUGGAACGGGACGGAGCCAAAAUGCAGAGCGCCUCCCAGUGGCGAGUGCGGGACUCCCCCUCAAGUGCCCAACGCCGAGCUGCCUCCGGGACUCCUUUCGGUGCUGCGCUUCAGGGUGGGCACGGUGCUGCGCUACCGCUGCUCUCCCGGCCACACCGUAUCCUCCAACUCGUCGUACACCAUCUCGUGCGUCGGGAGCCAGGACUCGGCCUCCUGGACCAACCACCGCCUCACCUGCACGCCAAAGCAGUGCAGACACCCCGGCGAAAUAGAAAACGGCUAUUUCACGGAGUCCAACUUCACGUUUGGAAGCAAAGUAAAGUACUCCUGCAAUGAAGGGUACAUCAUCUCGGAGCGACACACGACCAGGGAGUGCAUGGCGGACGGGACGUGGUCGUUCACCCUCCCCGUGUGUCAACGUGAGGACCGGGCCGGGAACCACAAUGCAGGGCCCACCACAGGGGACCCCUCCAAAGGUCUUCAGUUGGAGCAGCAGCAUCUCACAUAAGCGAUGUUUCCUUGGCUCCUGGAACGAGGAGGAGGUGGGCGCAGUUGCAAGAGGUGCUACCCAGACGGUGUCUGGUGUGGCUCAAACAACAGCAUCUCCUGGUGUGGCUGACACUGCAAGCUAUUUUCUGAAAGCAUCUUUACUUGUUAAUUUAGGAAAGCUCCACUAAGUGUUUAAGACUCUUACAUGAUAAUCUUGCUCUGAACGUUUGUUCAUUUCCUUUGGUCUGAAUAAAAAAAAAGAAAAA